AUGAGACUGUUCGCAGUGAUCUUCUGGCUAGGCAUGGCCUUCGCCCUGGAGGCGAGUGCCAAGCAGCCGGCUGCAGAGACCCCUCGUCUAAUUGCCUCGCUCCAAGCCGCUCCGGCUCCCUCACCACCACAAAGUGUUAUCUACAAGCUGCCACCGCAGCACUACUACCCACCACCACCGCCUCCACCUCCACCACCUGUACACCACUGUAAUUGCCCACCGGGACCACCAGGUCCCCCGGGACCGCCCGGAAUACCCGGCACACCUGGACAACCGGGUCCAAAGGGUUCUAAGGGUGACAAAGGCGACAAGGGUGAGCGCGGCGAGAAGGGAGAACGCGGCCACCAUGGCCCUCCCGGUUCUCCUGGUUUCCCGGGUCCCAUUGGCCCACCAGGACUUCCAGGACCUCCCAGUCACAAGGGGCAUGGUCAUGGUCACCAUGAUCACCAUCAUCAUCAUCAUCCGCCGCCACCACCACCGCCGCCGCCACCGCCGCCUCCACCACCACAUCAUCAUCACCCACAUCAUCCGCCGCCUCCACCUCCACCACCUGUGAUCAUUCCUGUACCAAUUCCAACACCUUCGAAGGGUGGACAUCAUCACCACAAGGGACCUCCUGGCCCGCCUGGACCACCAGGAAACGGUCCGCCUGGACCGCCAGGACCUCCAGGCAGCACAGUCCCAGCACCGGCGCCUCCAUAUCCCCCCUACCCAUAUCCCCCUUACCCUUACCCACCACCAUAUCCACCACAUGGACCGGGUGGACAACUUCCCUUCCCAGUCCCGUUCCCAGUGCCAGUGCCAUGGCCUUCCAAGGGUCACAAGGGCGACAAGGGACAUCAUAAGGGCGACAAGGGUGGGCACCAUCAUCACUACUAUCCACCUGGCCACAAUAAGGGAGGACACCAUCACCAUCCACCUCACCAUGGCUACCCACACGAUAAGGGACAUCAUCAUCAUCCGUCCCAUAAUCAUGGCGGCGGCCAUCAUGGGGGCGGACAUCACGGUCACCACCCACACUACCCACCCUCGCAUCAUCCCGGAAAUGGUGGCCACCACGGUGGUGGACACCACGGAGGUGGACAUCACGGAGGUGGACAUAACGGAGGUGGACACAACGGAGGUGGACACCAUGGUGGUCACCACACAGGAGACCCCAUGGGUACUCCUCCUGUGCGCGAAGAGUCGUACGGUUCCGGCGAGCAGGUACCACGCGAUGAUCUUGAAUUAGUGGAUGCCGAUGUGGAGGUUGUUGAAAACCUAGUCGAGGAGAAUGAUAUCCCAGAGGCUGAGGAACAGAUGCCUUACGAUCCCGCUGAUUUUCAGCCCGAGGAGCCCGAGGACACUGGCUAUGGCAACUAUAUUGACAAUGCCCUGGACAAUAUCCAGCCAGCUGCAUCUGUUGAAGAAGCCACUGAGGAGGAGCCAAAUGUGAGUGCAGAGAGCAAUAUGGAGAUCGCUCCAGAGGAAGAACCCAUGGAAGAGGAACCUGUUAUGGAGGAACAACUGGACUUUGUACCAACCAUGGAGGAGAAUUCAGCGUUUGAGAUUGAUCCCGUCGAGCAACGAACUAAUAACAAAGGACGGCCAAUUAUCUUGGCCAUUGGAACUCCAAGAAAUCCCUUUCACAUUUAUGCCUAUGAACAGUAUGAGACCUAG